AUGACCAGUUCACUUGACGAUGUUGAGCCUGCAGUUAACCCAAGACAGAGAUCUAUUUCUCAUGUAAUUCAUAAACCAGAUUGUGCAUCAAAAAGAUCUUCUUUUGGAAGUGGGAAUGACCACUGGUUGCAGCAUGCUACUGAGAUAGAGUUCAUCUGGUCCUUGGAUCUUUCUGCAAAUGACUUGGAGCACCUAAACUCCAUCAAUCACACAUGUUGUAUUGCUCCACACCUUGAACAACUACAAAAGAUGGAUUUAAGUCAAAAUAACUUAACAAGUUUCUCACAACAUUUCUGUACUAUUCUCAAGUGUCUGACAGAUUUGGAUAUGAGCAAUAACAAGUUCACCUCUUUUCCAUCAUGUGUACUGGAAAUGCAGUCCAUUAUGUCCCUUGAUAUCUCCAGGAACAGCAUUGGCCAUUCUCUGACCUUGAACUCCACGUGCCCAACCCUGAAAAAAUUGAAUUUGUCACAAAAUCAACUCUCCUCUUUUCCAGAGUCUCUUGAUAAAGCCACAGAAAAUUUAGAAGAACUAUUACUUAAAGGAAAUAAAAUGAGGACACUUGUAUCAUCACUGUGUUUGGCUGAGCUUAAUCUACUAGAUCUUAGUCAAAACUGCAUCUCCAACAUUCUGGAUACAUUUUUGAUGCAGUGCUCAAAGCUAGAUACAUUCAGAGUCUCAGAAAAUCAUCUCAGUACAUUGUCAGGUUUGCCGUCAAAGAUCACUACAAUUGAUUUGGCCAGCAACAAGUUCGACAGAGUUCCUGAAGCAGUUCUCAAGCUUCAACAUUUAAGGAGCGUAAACCUAAGUCACAAUAACAUAUCCGAGCUUCCUGGGCCUUUAUUUUGGGAGUCUUCAAGUUUAAGGGAGCUGAUAUUUAGCCAUAACCAAAUCAGUGUUUUGGAUUUGAGUGAAGGAGUGAAUAAAUGGUCAAGACUGGAAAAGCUAAAUCUCAACAAUAACAAGUUGAAGGAGCUACCACCUCAAAUUGGUCUGCUAGAAAACAUGAUGUCAUUACUCCUGAGUAAUAACUCUGACUUGAGAUCCUUACCAAAUGAAAUGGGAAAGCUGCAUAAGUUGUGGGAGCUUGAACUACAAGGGCUGUUUCUGGAUUUGGAUUUAAAACAUGUGGGCAGCAAAACAAAAGAUAUCAUAAGAUUUCUGCAUCAACGCUUGAAGAAAGCUGUGCCUUAUUACAGAAUGAAACUUAUGAUAGUGGGAAAUGCUGGUAGUGGCAAAACUACAUUGCUUCAGCAGCUAAUGAAAUGCAAGCAACCAAAUUCAGGUCUAGAGAAAGCCACGAUUGGAAUUGAUGUUAAGGAGUGGCCAAUUCAUGUAAAAGAAAAGAAAGGGAAGAGAAAGGAAUAUAUGUUGAGUGUCUGGGAUUUUGCAGGCCAAGAAGAGUUCUACAGCACGCAUCCCCACUUUAUGUCUCCGCGAGCCCUAUACCUUGUUGUCUAUGACCUUAGUAAAGGAGUUGGUGAAAUUGAUGCAAUCAAACAUUGGCUUUUCAACAUAAAGGCCUGUGCCUCAUCUUGUCCUGUAAUUCUUGUCGGUACGCACGUUGAUAUGACCGAUGAAAAGCACCAAAAAAGUUGCAUAUCCAAAAUUAAGAUGGAAUUCCUUCAGCAGCAUGAUUUUCCUCCCAUCCGUGAUUACCAUUUUGUGGUGGCCACAGAAGAAUCUGACUCUCUCUUAAAACUGCGUAGAGCUAUUAUUAGUGAAAUACAGACUUUCAAGAUCAGAGACCAGCUGGUAAUGGGUCAGCUAAUUCCUCGUAGUUAUAUGGAGUUGGAAAAGAGAAUUAUACAGGAACGAAAGACUGUUUUAUCAGAAUUCCCAGUAAUUCAUCAACAACGGCUGCUGGAAAUAGUUCAAGAGAAUCAUUUGCAAUUGGAUGAAAAUGAGCUGCCCCAUGCUGUUCAUUUCCUCAAUGAGUCUGGUGUGCUACUGCAUUUUCAUGACCCAGCUCUUCACCUACGGGAUCUUUAUUUUGUAGACCCACAGUGGUUGUGUAAGAUGAUGGCACAGAUUGUGACCGUAAAAGCAGCAAGUUUUCCAAAGCAUCCUUGUGGAAUUAUUUAUCGAUCAGAUGUUGAGAACUUCCUCUCUCAGAAACACAGUUUCCCUCAGAAUUACAUAUCCCAAUACAUAAAGCUUCUGGAAAAGUUCCAACUUGCAUUGCCUUUAGGAGAGGAACAACUACUUAUUCCAAGCAGCUUACCUGAUCAGAGACCUGUAAUCGAACUCCCACAUUGUGAAAACUCCGAAUUGAUAGUAAGGCUUUAUGCUAUGCCAUAUUUUCCAAUGGGAUUCUGGUCCAGACUCAUCAAUAGGCUACUGGAGGUUUCUUCUUGCAUGCUUGGUAGACAAGAUAGAGAAAAACCUUUACGUCCUAAUAGAACAUAUUGGCGACAAGGAGUCUACCUGAUCUGGUCAUCAGAAGCCUACUGCCUGGUAGACUCAGCUGUAUUGGAUAAUAAACCAGAAAGUGUUCUCAAAAUAACUGUUCCAUGCUGCAGGAAAGGGUUCGUUUUAAUGGGCCAGAUUGUAGAUCACAUUGAUUCUCUGCUGGAAGAGUGGUUUCCAGGCCUAUUGGAGACAGAUAUAAUCGGAGAAGGAGGCACUCUUCUGAAGAAAUAUGCUUUGUACAGCUUUGAAGAUGAUCAAGAAUGCCAGCAGAUUCUACUGGAUGACUUACUAGAUAUAGCUAAAGAAGGGGAUUUUUUGACUUGUCCUACAGAUAGAAGCAACAAGGUUUCUAUUUCACGAGUUGCUCCAGACCUUGUGCUCGUUGAUCUACCCAGACAUAUUAUGCUGGAUGUUAAUCACCUUGAGCUUGAACAAACACCUGAUGUUUUGCUGGGUGAUGGAGGUUUUGCAUCUGUCUAUCGGGCAACUUACAAGUGUGAAGAAGUGGCUGUUAAAAUUUUUAAUAAACAUGUGUCACAAAUGCAUCUACAUCGUCUUCUGAGACAAGAACUUGCAAUUCUUAGUUAUUUGCAUCAUCCCAGUUUGGUCUCUCUCUUGGCGGCUGACUUUCGACCGCGGAUGUUGGUGAUGGAAUUGGCACCCAAAGGUUCGCUGGAUAUCUUGUUUAACAAAGAGAAAGACCACCUUACUCAACCACUUCGACACCGGAUUGCUUUACAUGUGGCUGAUGGCUUAAGAUAUCUGCAUUCAUCAAUGAUAAUUUAUAGGGAUUUGAAGCCUCACAAUGUACUGCUAUUCAGUUUGAAUCCUAACUCUGCUAUAAUUGCCAAAAUUGCUGAUUAUGGUAUUGCUCAGUACUGCUGCAGAAUGGGAAUCAAGAGCUCUGAGGGCACACCAGGAUUUCGAGCACCAGAAGUUGCUCAAGGAAAUGUCAUUUAUAACCAUCAGGCUGAUGUUUAUUCUUUUGGAUUGCUUUUAUAUGAUCUGAUUACUAAUGGUGAAAGAAUCUCUUAUGGAAUGAAGUUUCCAAAUGACUUUGAUGAGAUGGCGAUUCAGGGGAAAUUGCCAGAUCCAGUCAAAGAAUUUGACUGUGCUCCGUGGCCUGCUGUCCAAAGUUUAAUUGAUGAUUGUUUGAAGCAAAACCCUGAGGACAGGCCAACAGCUUCUCAGGUGUAUGAGACUCUGAACUCAGUGGAGCUACAUUGUUUGAAGAGAAGGAUGAUAGUCCCUGGUAAUCUCACAGCAGACUGCAUGGUAGCUACAAGCUCUGUUUGCAAAAAGCCUAGUGUCUGGAUUGGCAGUGGACAACAAGACAAGGCACAACUCUCGUGUUUAGAACUGGAUACUGAUGGACAGGCUGUUGUGAACAUUGAGGAUAACCGGAUUUUAUGCCUGGCAUUGGUAUGUGUGAUUGACGAGCAAGUUAACUGGGUUGUUGCAGGCACACAGUCUGGACAUUUGUGGAUAGUCAACACAGAGAAUGUAAAAUCUGUUCAUCAACUUCGGAAGAUGUCUGAUUCUAUUACUUGUUUGUAUUGCACUCAUGAUUUGAAACAAAGCAAAGAAGACAAUUUCCUAUUGGUGGGGACAGCAGAUGGAAAGCUUGCUAUUUUUAAGGAUACAACAGUAAAGUACCAAGAUGGUGCACCACUGAAGGUUGUGGACAUUGGUGACAUCAGUACCCCUUUGGUAUGCUUGAGCAUAUCACCCACUUCAGAACUGAUAGCUUUUUGGGCAAGCUGUGGAACAAAGAUCAUAUCACUCAGCAGCAAUUUUACGGUUCAGAAGGUGAUAGACACAAACACAAGGACUCUAAGCCAGAAGUAUCAUAGUGAUGGAAAUAUUAUCACCAUGGUGAUUGAUAAAUAUAUUUAUCUGGCAAAGAAGGACAGCCAUGUUGUUGAACUUUGGGACAAAAAAUUAUACAAAAUGAGUAUGUCAAUUGAUUGUGCUUCUAUUCUUAAGAAUGAGACAUACUCAGCCAGAGUGAAAGCACUUUAUCUUCAGAAGACAAGCACCCUUUGGAUUGGAACAGGAGGAGGUGAUGUCGUAUUAUUAGAUCUUUCCACUCAUCAACCCAUUUGGGUCAUUGAGAAAUUUUGUCAUUCUAUCAGAAGUAUGGUGCCAGCACAAAUUGAGAAGGGACACCUUCGUACUGUCAUGCUGAUCCUAGGAAAUGUCUGUAUAGAUUACAAUGAAAACGACAAACAGCAGAGCGAAUUGCAAUCACAGCUAUUUGUUUGGGACUUGAAUCUUCCAUAUGAGAUCCAGAGCCUGAAGAAGCACACAGAUAUGAGAAGAGAAAUAACUGAAAAAAUGAGAUUGGGUUCUUUGGAAUGAGUGCACAUGGACAAAUACAUAUGUACAUGUUUUCUUUAUUAAUUUAAAGUUUUGGGUUUAUUGAAGAUACAAAGUGGUAAACCUAGCAUUCACAAAAGAGUUUUAAAAUCUGGGAUAUUGCACAUAAAGGAGUCAAAAUUCCUCCUGUACAUAACCUCCUGAGGAACCUCGCUACAUGGAGAUUGAAACUAGUCAUAUAUUUUUGUUACUUGACAUGAGAUUAGUUUAAAUCUUUAGAUCCCUGAUGUUUUGCACUUGUAAUAUUGCAAUAAUAUAAAUAAAUUUACAGUUUACAUACUAA